AUGAGCAGGUAGCCGCUGGCCACAAGAGACACCCACAAGGGCAUUUCUCCAUCUGUGUUUGGCUGCAAAGAGGACCUCUUGACGCUCUGUAUCCAUGGCCUACAGAAGGGAGUCAGUCAGAAGACCAUCAGCUUCCAGAAGAGAGUCAGCCAGCCCACAGACAUCUUUCCGAAGACCUCCGUCCAGGAGACAAUCAUCUUUCAGAAGAAAACCAACCAGAAGAGAGUCCUCUUCCAGAAGACAGUCAACCGGAAGUCAGCCAUCAUCUUCCAAGUCACCUUAUGAUUCAUUUGAAGAAGGAGCAACAUCAUACAUUGACUCUGAAGAUUAUGAUUCAGAUAACGAUGGGGAUGAAGAGGACGAACCUUCAGAGAUGGAAGAAUCAGAACAUACUUUGAGCACAACGGUGAAGACAAAUAUCCAAGUGGAAGAGGAUGGCAUAGGCUUCAUACUCAUUCAGAAUGGGUUCUAUCUCCAGAUUUCGAGUCUGGUAGACAACAGUGCAGCAGCAAAAGAUGGAAAACUCCAACAAGGUGAUGUCCUGUUGAAAAUUGGACACGCCAAUGUCUUAGGAUGGACACUGCGAGAACUAAGGCAACUUUUGCACACAACUCCUGUAGGAACCGUUCUGCAAAUCCAAGUUUAUAGAGAUUUUGUGAUGUUACCAAGCCGGUGGGCACAUGUGGUUGAACAGAUUCCUGAAAAAAAGGGACCGGAGAUAUGCAUAUCAAGUGAGACCAGCGAAGAAGAUUGGACAAGCAGCGAAGGCUCCGACGAGGGCGCUGUUGGAAAUGCUGCGGUUACCGGGGGCAGCACCGCUGCUCCGGGGGAUGGCGCUACCGUUCCUGGGAGUGACAGCCAUUUGGUUUUUGGCGAGGAGGAUGAGGACGACAGCGCUGGCCCCAAAGCUACGGUCACUGCUGCUACUCCUGGCAGAACUGUACACUCCAGUACAGUUGGCAGCAAAUCCUUUGUUUUCGGCCCUCCUCAUCAGCCCAAAUGGAUCUCCAAAGACUGGCACAUCUUUGAAAGGAAAACUCACACUUUUACUGUAGGCCUGGAUAUUGGUUGUGACAUUAUGGUUCAUGGUUGUGAGGACGAAGGUAAUCAUGGCAUUUCAAGUGGUCAUUCAAGAUCUCCUUCGCCAUACUGGACUGUGUCAAAGGAUAUCACCGAGUUGAUGUCGACAUCAACAUCCUCCUCUGUCGUAUCCGAUGUGUUUUGGCUCGAUACUUUAGCUUACGAAAUGGAAUAGGUAGGCAACUGGAUCCAGUUUUAUGCCUCCGGCAACUGACUCUCUGAGGUUGUAUCCCGUUUGCUGGAUUUUUACUCACAACCCCAUCCCUCAACUGAAAUACACAUUCAUCUGUUUGCCUGAAAACCUGGUUUUUGAAGCCAGGAAAGUUCCCUCUGUGGAGGAAAAAGGAAAAACUGAAGUCAGUCUCCAUAGUAGCCAAGAUAGCCGUCAAGCUGCAAGGCAGAGUGGCUGGAGCACUCAACUGUCCUCUGUUUUAUCAGGUUAAGUGCAGGCUAUACUAUAUUUACCCAAAGGAAGAGGACUCUGGAUUUAAUACACUCCCCUGAUUUCUACCAUAACUUGGAAAAAACAAGCGUCUUGGAUUCAGGUAAAUACAGUACUUUUCUUCACAUAAACAAACAGUUUUUCCUCCAUAAACAAG